AGCGUGUUCGUUAGGUUGCACAGUAUUAGUGAGAUAACUCAUCACGAAACAUGUCUUCAAAUCAAGAUUCGGGCCUGACAAAACGUUUCGCCAAGCAUUAGUCAGACUGGGGCAGCCGGCGCUUUCGGUCAUUGUGCGAAAAUGGAGCUCUACAGCGAUAUCGUUUCACCGCCCUGUCAAAAUGUGCUCCUGGUGGCUAAGAAGUUAGGCAUUGCGCUUAACAUCAAGAAGACAAACAUUAUGGAUGCAGCGGACGUAGCUGAGUUGACAAAGGUCAAUCCGCAACAUUUGAUCCCAACGUUCGUGGAGGACGACGGGCAUGUGAUCUGGGAGUCGUACGCAAUUGCCAUUUACCUGGUGGAAAAGUACGGCCAAGAUGAUGCCCUCUAUCCAAAAGAUCCCAAAGUGCGAUCCAUUGUAAAUCAGCGUCUGUUUUUUGAUAUCGGAACGCUGUACAAAAACAUUCUAGCCAACAUUGACGUCCUGAUCGAGAAGCAGCAACCUUCGGCCGAAUUACGCGGAAAGCUGGAGCAAGCACUUGAUCUUACGGAGAAGUUUGUUACCGAGUGUCGUUUUGUUGCUGCCGAUCAUCUUACGCUAGCUGACAUCUUUAUGCUUGGAAGCAUUACUGCCCUGGAAUGGUUUAGGUACGAUUUGGAGCGUUAUCCCGGCAUUCGAGGAUGGGUUGAGAGAGUAACGGCCCAAUUCCCCGAUUAUUCCGAUUUUCACAAGGAGAUAAGGGAAGCCACUAAGCAGUACGUUGCAACGCACUGUCCGCAUUUGGAAUAUUAGAGUUUGUCCCUUUUACAACAUAAAUACUCAAACAUGAUAUUUGCAGUUUCAACAGUUCACAAAUAAAUGAGCAAAGACAAACAAAUGUGAGCACUUAUACUCUUUUUUAAUCGGUUCAUAACAAUAGAAAGAAGCUAAAACGAUGGAAACAUAAUAAUUCUAACUAGGCCAUUUGCAGUUCUGGCAAUCUAUUUUCUACACAAUCACUCGGUCAGCUAUCUAUGUAAUUAGGCAAAAAAUCGAUAACACGUCCGAUUAAAACAUGUCGAUAGAUUACAGACUGAUAAAAUAAAUUGAUAAAACAAAUCUGUGUAACUGAUAUGACAGGCAAAAAACACAACUAUUUGGCACAACCUAGG